AUGGCGAACUACCAAUUUAAUGAAGUUUCAUUCCAGCAGCAUCCCUCUCAGGAGUAUUUUGAAAGUCCAGACGUGAUAACAAAAUUCUACCAGCAUGUCCUUGCCUUGGUAUUUGCUGUGAAGGAGAUCAAUAAGAAUCCAAAAAUCUUGUCCAACGUCACUUUUGGCUUCCAUAUCCAUGACAGCUACUACAAUGCAAUGAUGACCUAUCGGACCACUCUAGACCUCCUCUACAAGUCACGGAAAUUCAUCCCCAACUACAAGUGUGACACCAGGAAAAAUCUCAUUUCUGUCAUUGGGGGACUCAGCUCUGAAACCUCAUCCUAUAUUGCAGACCUUAUACAGUUUUACAAGAUUCCACAGAAGAGGAAGAAUGAAGGGAAAAAAUUCUGCUGCUAUGAUUGUGUUCCAUGUCCAGAGGGGAAAAUCUCCAAAGAGAUGGACAUGGUAUCUUGUGUCCAAUGUCCAGAAGAUCAGUAUCCAAAUCAAGGAAAAAAUGGAUGUCGCCUGAAAAGGAUAAACUUUCUGUCUUAUGAAGAACCUUUAGGGUAUAGUUUAGCUUCUCUUGCUGCUGUGUUUUUCCUCAUUACAACAUGGGUGCUGGGAACUUUUAUGAAGCACAAAGACAGUCCGAUUGUCAAAGCCAAUAACCGGGAUCUCACCUACACUCUCCUCAUUUCCCUUCUGUUCUGCUUCCUCUGCCCUUUGCUCUUUCUUGGACAACCUGGGAGAGUCACCUGUCUCCUCAGACAGUCUGCAUUUGGCCUCACCUUCUCAUUGUGCAUCUCCUGUGUGUUGGCCAAAACUAUCCUUGUUUCUCUUGCCUUCAAGGCCACCAAGCCAGGAUCUCGGAUGAGGACAUGGGUGGGGAAAAGACUGGCUGUUUCUAUUGUCCUUCUCUGCUCUCUAUUCCAAGCAAGCAUCUGUAUUGUUUGGUUAUCCACCUCUCCCCCAUUCCCAGAAUUAGACAUGCAUUCAACAACUGAAGAAAUGGUCCUACAAUGUAAUGAGGGAUCAGUUGUUAUGUUUUAUUGUGUCCUGAGCUAUAUGGCCCUCCUUUCACUUGCCAGCUUCAUUGUGGCUUUCCAGGCUCGUAAACUGCCUGACAGCUUUAAUGAAGCCAAGUUCAUCACCUUCAGCAUGUUGGCUUUCUGCAGUGUGUGGGUCUCCUUUGUCCCGUCAUACCUGACUACUAGGGGAAAAGCCAUGGUGGCUGUGGAGAUCUUCUCCAUUUUGUCCUCCAGUGCUGGGCUCCUAGGUUGCAUCUUUUUCCCCAAGUGUUACAUUAUUGUAUUCAGGUCUGAUUUAAAUAACAAGGAGCAACUGAUAAGAAGAUGUGUUUAA